GGUUUCUUAUUCUAUAUAUGAAAAUCACGAGAAUAGGCAUUCUGAGAAGCCAAAGCAAGAGGAACUGUCUAUAAAUUCAUUAUGCCACGAGCUAUCAGAGGUAUGUAUAUUUACCAUAUCCUCACGAUAUACUUCCCUUGCUCCACAUCCUUGUCCCUACACCACAACAGCGUGCUAGCCAACAUCCCGGAAAACCUCGCAGAAUACAUUGACAAAUAUCACCAGUGUGCAUUUCAUUUCAUUUAUCUAGUAGAAAGUCUCUUGGGUCACACAUACGCAUGUAUAUACUUACUAACAUAACACCAAGGCGUCCUCGUGGAAUGCGAUCCAUCUAUUAAAUCCAUCAUUGUCAAAAUAGAUGCCGAUUCAUCGCAUGCGUAUAUUGUCGAGGAUUUAGAUGAUGAAACUCUGGUCAUCAAAGAGAAUAUGUUGGGCAUGUUGAAGACGCGUUUGGAAGAUGUAUGUAUUCUUCUUUACAUGUUUAUGGGUUAACUUGUUAUCGCUGACUUGGCAUCUGUAGGCGCUUAAGGAGACGCAGGUUUUGGAAGAUUCGGGGUCUGAGUAGAGCGAGAGGAUCACAGGGUACAAAGGCACGGGGGUAAACUGGGGUUAAUGGCGUUCAAGAUUUUGGGAGUUUUUAUGGCAUCGAAAUUUAAGCUUCAUUGACUUUACAACGAAAUUCA